AUGGCAAUUUUCAAUUUAAUGAGAAGUCAACUUAUCCUAUCACAUAGGAGUUUAACUUCCUGCCGUUUUUUUACAACAAUCCAAUUGUAUAAGCCUUCAAAAUUUAAACACAUAAAGAGAAAUCUAUAUUUUAAGAAAAAAUUAUUUAAGUUAUUCAAAGGCAAGCAAUAUACUGAAACGACAAAAGGAAGAAGCGAAAUUAAAAGGGAAGAAGAUAAAGGAACGGUCUUUUACAAUUCCAUAAUUGAUUACCCAAUAAGAAAAAAACGUAUUUAUAUGAAUGAUAAAUAUGGAGUUCGUGAUUAUGGAAAAGUAAAAAAAGAAGAAAAACCAACCCUUGAAAAUGUUUUAUUUAAAUGUAGUACCUUGGGUUACUUAGAGUUACAAUACAUCUUAUCAACUUUUGUGAAUUAUGAAAAAGAUACAUUAACAAAUGAAGAUAUUUGUGCCUUAAGUAACUUUUUAAACUUAUCAGAAAAGGAAAUUUGUGAUUAUUUAAGUGCGGAUGAACUCAUACCACAACAUCACUUGGAUGCAACGAUAAUAAAACGCUUACUGAGAUUUGUUCAUGUAAACCAUCCCAAUCUUUUGAUUCACUGA